AUGUCGCCGCCGACGCUCGCCAUCGUCGCGGCAGGUGCCAUGGGCUCCGCCGUCGCCCGCCGCUUCACCUCCGCCGGCUGCACCGUCCUCACGAACCUCGACGGACGUUCCCCCGCAACGCGCGCUCGUGCGUCCGCCGCCGGGAUGCAGGACGUCCCCAUGCGCGAGCUCGCUGCGCGUGCCGAGUGGAUCCUGAGCAUCCUCCCGCCGAGCGAGGCUAUGGGGUUCGCGGAGAGCUAUCUCGACGCGCACGCGGACAUCGGAUACUCGCCUGACGGCCACGAUCUGAAUUUUGCGGAUUGCAAUGCGGUGAGCCCGGAGACGGUCAAGAAGAUUGCGGCGAUGUUCAAGAAGAGCCCGGUCGGGUUCGUGGACGCGGGGAUCAUUGGCGGGCCGCCGAAGGACGGAUAUGAUCCUGUAUUUUAUGCUUCUGCAGACGAUGCGGGCCCUUUGAACGCCUUUUCUGGCCUGCAGAAGUGGGGGCUUAAUGUGUCCUUGCUGAAAGGCGAGGGGGCAGGUGUCGGAGAUGCGAGCGCACUGAAGAUGUCGUAUGCAGGCAUAACCAAGGGCAUCACAGGUCUGUGUACAACGAUGAUCCUAGCCGCCCACUCCUCCUCUCCCGCCACCGCACAGGCCCUCCUCCGCGAACUAGGCGCCUCGCAACCAAUGAUACUCCAGCGCAUCACGCGCACUGUCCCAGAUAUGCUUCCGAAGGCAUAUCGCUGGGUCGGGGAAAUGGAAGAGAUUUCGUCAUUCGUAGGCGGAGGAGCGGGCCAGAUCCACCAGGGCAUGGCAAGAAUCUACGAGAGAGUGGAGCGAUCGUUGAAGGAGGAGGAGGAAGGUAAGGGUGGAAAUGACGUGAAGGCCUUGCGCGACUUCGUGGAGGAGGCAAAGAAGCUGCUUGAAGAGAAGAAGUAA